AUGUGGAUACCUACAGAGGAGGAGAAGAUCGGAGUUGUGAUCUGCAACUUCCGGUCCUCAAUAUGUCAGGCCCUGGUCCUGGAGAUUGGGGAGACUGUCCAGAUUCUGGAGAAGAGCGAAGGUUGGUACAGAGGCUUUUCCACCAAGAAGCCUUCCAUCAAGGGGAUUUUCCCAGUCAGCUACGUCCACUUGAAGAAAUCCACAGUGACCAACAGAGGGUUGUGUGAGACGGUGGUGCCCCUCGAGGACCCCAUCAUCACAGAGACCACCUCCACACUGCAGGAAUGGGGGGUCCUGUGGAAGCAACUCUACGUGAAACACAAGGUGGAUCUGUUCCAUAAGCUCCGUCAUGUGAUGAACGAGCUCAUCGACCUGCGACGGCAGCUGAUCCAGGGUCAUCUCGCCCAGGACCAGACUCGUGAGAUCAAGCGGCACAUCACAGUGCGGCUUGACUGGGGCAACGAGCACCUUGGUUUAGACCUUGUUCCCAGAAAGGAGUUUGAAAUGGUGGAUCCAGAUCAGAUCAGCGUAUCUGAGCUACACAAACUGCACGUAUCCAGCAGACACUGUGGUCAGCAAAGCACAAAUCAGGGCGACAGCACGAGACAGCGCCAUGGCGACGGUUGCCGUGUCCCUGUGUCGCACCACCUCUUCAUCAAUCUGAAGAGCUUCACUUACAACAGCAUCAGCGAGGACGCCGACGUCUUCUUCUCUCUGUACGACACUCGCGAGGCCAAACAGAUCAGUGAGAAGUUUAUGGUGAAACUGAACAAAAAUGGCGGACCAAAGAAUCCGGAGAAGGUUGAUCGCCUGUGUGCUCUCUUCACGGACCUGAGUAGUAAAGAUUUGAAGAAGGACCUGUACAUCGUUGCACACGUCGUAAGAACUGGUCGUAUGCUGCUUAACGAUUCAAAGAAAGGCCCCCCCCAUGUGCAGUACAGACGACCUUAUGGCUGCGCUGUUCUUGCCAUGAGCGAUGUUUUCCACACCAUCACAGACCUCAAAGAGGAGAAGGACUUUGUGCUCAAAGUUUAUACGUGUAACAAUGAGAACGAGUGGUUCCAGAUACAUGAGAACAUCAUACGCAAGUCCAACACCAAGUACUCAGCUCCCAGCACCAACUAUGGCCUCAUCAUUUCGCUGCAGUUGCUGCGGGGCGAGCUGGAGCAGAUCAGACGGGAGAACCAGGCUGUGUUCAGCAGGGCCUUGGCACUCACACGCAAGCUAGGUUUCCCAGACGUCAUCCUGCCAGGAGACACACGCAAUGACCUCUAUCUGACCCUUGAGCGUGGCGAGUUUGAAAGAGGCGGCAAGAGCGUCCAGAAGAACAUCGAAGUCACGCUCUACGUGCUCUAUGCUGACGGCGACACGCUCAAAGACUGCAUCAGUUUGGGCAGCGGCGAGCCCAGCAACAGCGAGUACCGCUCCUUCGUCCUCUACCACAACAACAGCCCUCGCUGGAGCGAGAUGGUCAAGCUGCCCAUUCCCAUAGAUCGCUUCCGAGGGUCCCACCUACGCUUCGAGUUCCGACACUGCUCCACUAAAGACAAAGGGGAGAAAAAACUGUUUGGUUUUGCCUUCACGCCUCUGAUGAGGGAAGAUGGGACCACGCUGUCAGAUGAGAGCCACGAGCUGUAUGUGUACAAGUGUGAUGAAAAUGCCACCUUCAGUAACCAGGGGCUGUAUCUGAGCCUGCCCUGCUGUAAGGAGGACUUCAACAGUUGCCCCAACCUGCCGGCCAACCUGCCCUUCCAGAGAAGCCCCAAGGAAGCUCUCUGCGUCUCCACCAUACUCUGCUCCACCAAACUCACACAAAACGUCGACCUUUUGGCUCUUCUGAACUGGAAGGCCCAUCCGGACCGGGUGUUGGACAUCCUCGGUCGACUGCGUCAGAUCAGCGGCGAGGAGAUUGUCAAGUUCUUGCGAGAUGUCCUGGACACACUCUUCUGUCUUUUAGAUGACAACACAGAUAAAUACGGGCCACUGGUUUUCCAGUCACUGGUGUUCAUCAUCAACUUACUCAGGGACAGCCGUUUCUACCACUUCAGGCCUGUCAUGGAUGCCUACAUCCAAAACCACUUUGCUGGAGCUUUGGCAUACAAAGAGCUGGUUCGAUGUCUGAAGUGGUACAUGGACCGCUCGGCCGAGGUCGUCCGGCAGGACCACAUCCAGGAAGCCAUGAGGGCGCUGGAGUAUCUGUUCAAGUUCAUCGUCCAGUCUCGCAUCCUGUACUCGAGGGCGACCUGCGGGAUGGAGGAGGAGCAGUUCAGGGCGAGCAUCCAGGAGCUCUUCCAGUCCAUUCGCUUCGUCCUGAGUCUCGACAGCCGCAGCUCAGAGAACCUGGUCUUCACGCAGUUUAGGGGUGUGACCAGCUGCAUGCCUGUCUGUGGUCACGCUCAAGGGCUCUCGUCCAUCUCAGCAGCGCUGUUGAACAGUUUCCCUGAUAUCUUUGAUGAGCUUCUGCAGAUGUUCACUGUUCAGGAAGUGGCAGAAUAUGUCCGGGGCACCCUGGGGAGCAUGCCCAGCACAGUGGACAUUGGCCAGUCUAUGGAUGUAGUCAAGCUGCAGUCUAUAGCUCGUACAGUCGAGAGCCGCCUCUUCUUCUUCCCCGAGUCUCGUAGUAUUUUGCUGCCGGUGGUUCUGCAUCACAUCCACCUGCAUCUGCGCCAGCAGAGGGAGCUGCUCAUCUGCUCUGGGAUCCUCACCAGCAUCUUCUCUAUAAUCAAGACCAGCUCUAUAGACUCUUCGGUUCAGGAGGAGGUGGAGAUGAUGGUGGAGAGCCUCCUGGACGUGCUGCUGCAGACUCUGCUGUCCAUCAUGAGCAAGUCUCACUCUGUGGAGACGUCCAGAGGACAACGCUGUCCGCAGUGCACUGCCGAGAUAACCGGGGAGUAUGUUUCCUGUCUUCUCUCUCUGCUCCGACAAAUGACAGAGCUCCACUUUCACCAUCUACUGAACAACUUUCACAGCAAGGAGGAGUUGAAGGAGUUCCUGUUGAAGAUCUUCUGUGUGUUUCGCAACCUGAUGAAACUGACUAUCUUCCCCCGGGACUGGAGCGUCAUGAGGCUUCUAACUAGUCAAAUCAUCGUAGUGACAACACAGUUCCUGUCUCCGGCGCUGCAUAAGAACUUCUCAGAGGCCGAUUUUGAUUUCAAGGUGUGGAACUCCUUUUUCAGUCUGACUGUGCUGUACAUCAACCAGCCCAGUCUGCAGCUGGAGGCGCUCGGCCCCGCCAAGAGAAAGAAAGUCCUCGACAAGCAUGGAGAUAUGAGAGUGAUGAUGGCGUAUGAGCUCUUCAGCAUGUGGCAAAAAUUAGGUGACAAUAAGCCCCACUUCAUCCCGGGAAUGAUGGGGCCCUUCCUGGGAGUCACCCUCGUCCCUCAAACUGAGGUUCGAAAUAUCAUGAUCCCAAUUUUCCACGACAUGAUGGACUGGGAACAGAGGAAAAACGGCAACUUCAAACAGGUGGAAGCGGAGCUGAUGGAUAAGCUGGACAGCAUGGUGUCAGAUGGGAAAGGCGAUGAUAACCACAGAGAGCUCUUCAGCCUUUUGACCCAGCUGUUCGGCCCUUAUCCGAGCCUGCUGGAGAAGAUAGAGCAGGAGACCUGGAGAGAGACGGGGAUCUCGUUCGUCACAUCAGUCACACGACUCGUGGAGCGAUUGCUGGAUUACAGGGACUGCAUGAAAGGAGAUGAGGUGGAGAACAAGAAAAUCGGUGGCUCUGUCAACCUCAUGAACUUCUACAAGUCGGAGGUGAACAAGGAGGACAUGUACAUCCGUUACAUCCACAAGCUGUGUGACCUGCAUCUUCAGGCAGAGGACUUCACAGAGGCAGCGUUCACCCUGCUGCUGUACUGGGAGCUGCUGCAGUGGGAGGACCGGCCCCUGAGGGAUUUCCUCCACUAUCCCUGUCAGAGCGAGUGGCAGCGCAAGGAGAACCUGAGUCGUAAAAUCCUCCACUACUUCAACAAGGGCAAGUGCUGGGAAUAUGGAAUCUCUCUCUGCCGGGAGCUCGCUUUCCAGUACGAGACUUUAUACGAUUAUCAGAGCCUCAGCUGGAUUCGGAAAAUGGAGGCAGCCUACUAUGACAACAUCAUCGAGCAGCAGAGGAUCGAGCCCGAGUUUUUCCGAAUGGGUUUCUACGGCAGGAAGUUUCCUUUCUUCCUCAGGAAUAAGGAGUUUGUGUGUCGUGGUUAUGACUAUGAGCGGCUCGAGGACUUCCAGCAGAGGAUGCUGGGAGAGUUCCCACAAGCCAUUGCCAUGCAGCAUCCCAACCAACCCGACGACACCAUCUUGCAGAGUGACGCUCAGUAUCUGCAGAUCUACGCGGUCACUCCAGUGUCAGACAUCUCUGAUGUGCCUCAGCUGGAGCGCGUGCCGGAGAGGAUCAAGAGUUUCUACCGCAUAAACAACGUCUGUCGUUUCCACUACGACCGACCUUUCCACAAGGGGCCCAAGGACCGCGAGAAUGAAUUCAGGAGUCUGUGGAUCGAGAGAACGACCCUGAUUCUCUCGCGUCCUCUGCCUGGGAUCUCACGCUGGGCCGAGGUGGAAAGGAGAGAAGUGGUGGAGGUGAGCCCUCUGGAGAACGCCAUUUAUGUGGUGGAGAAUAAGACCCAGGAGCUGCGGACGCUGAUCAGCCAGUACCAACACAGGCAGCACCACGGUAACAUCAACCCGCUCAGCAUGUGCCUCAACGGGGUCAUAGAUGCCGCUGUCAAUGGAGGCAUCGCCAGAUAUCAGGAGGCGUUCUUUGACAAGGACUACAUCAGCAGUCACCCAGAGGACACGGAGAGGAUCACACAUCUGAAGGAUCUGAUGCAAGAGCAGGUGCACAUUCUUGGAGUGGGACUGGCGGUUCACGAGAAGCUGGUGCAUCCUGAAAUGCGUCCCCUGCACAAGAAGCUGGUAGAUCAGUUCCACAUGAUGAGAACAGGUUUACACCAUUAUAUGGUUGGCUCCCAGCAGGGUGUACCCAGCGUGGAUCGAUUUGGGCCAGCAGGCUGUCAAGGGGUCAGCUCUUCUCGAAGCAGCCUCUCCUCCCACAGCCACAUGAGCCCUGAGAGCGUGCGUCUCUUACACAGACACAGCCCUAUGAACCUCCAGGGCUCGAUCCGUCACUCGUCGUCCUCCCUGUCGUCUCACACGUCCAGCGAGGCAGGAAACCUCGUCAUCAUGACUGACGGCCUGAUGGGAGAGCACCCAGAGGAGGGGCUACACAUGCAGCCGAGCCCCUCCUCCUCCAGCCUGAGCUCCAUCCGCUCCAACUCUUCUCAGAUUAUUAACUCGGCUCCCUCGAGUGCCAGAGGCUCUCCAUCUUUACCAGAUAAGGCCAAACACAACCGAGAGGUGAUGAUACUGUUGCCGUCUCAUCGCGAGAGGGUCAACAACGCCAUGUACUUCAACAUGGCCGAGAACGGACAGAACAACCACAUGCAGCGUGCCUUACUUCAGCAAGUCAGCCCCUGUAAGCCGUGUGCUGAUCCUCACAUGAACCUGCCAGAGAAAGUCUUUCCCAAUGCUCCCAGCAGCUGGAGUCUGGAUGGAGAGAACAGGGAGCAGAUGUCCUACAUGCCAGGCUCUACUGGAGGGGUGAUCAUGCCCCCUGUCCCACCCAGGUCCUUCCCACCGGGACACUUCCUGAUGCACUGUGAUGCGUACCACCACCAGAACAGCGAGCCCCCCCCCGCCCUGCCUGUCCGCUCUCUACGAAAGUCUCCUCUGCACCCGAUCCCCGGCUCCCCCACCAGCCCUCAGUCAGCUCUGGGGGGCAGUAACUCCACCCUGUCGGGCAGCGCCAGCAGCGGCGUCUCCUCCCUGAGUGAGAGUAACUACGGAGGUCAGUAUCCGGACCCGGGCCCCAUCAGGAACGAUGCCUUGGAGCCUCUUCCCAGCCACCUGUGGUCCCCGCCUGACGAGUACCUGGCCUCUCCCUACCUGCACAUCCACUACGGGGGGCCGGAGAUCGACUCCGUGGACCAGGUGCGCCCCUUCCAUUACCGCAGCCCCUCCUCUCACCCGCACAACCACCCCCACCCUCACGCCCACGCCCACCCGGGGCUGGACAGCCACUCCCACGGGCCGCCGCCGCCUCACCACCACGCUCCCCCCCACGGGCCUCACCACAUCCCUUACCGCCGGCCCCAGCCCCCUGCUGUGCCGCCCAAACCCUACCUGAGGGAGGGCUGCAUCCCGGAGGAGGAGCUGCCCCCCCAGCCCAUCCCGCUGCCCCGCCGGAUCUUCCACUCGCCCCACGGCCACAGGGAGGACCAGGGCAAACACGCCUGGGAGCAGUGCAUCAGCGAGGAGCACGAGGAGACGCAGUGA